AUGCCGUUUGGGGUAGUCCGCAUGAUGCAUGCGGCUCCUUCGAGUGUCCCUGGCUUGUCGUCCAAUGCACCACUCGAGAGGGCCGCUGUCUCCCGCAUCGAAGUUCUCAUCCCCACCAGUCUCUACUCGACUACGACCUACUUCACUACAAGCGACUACUCUCUACGACUUACUCCAGUCCUCGAGGAUGGCACUCGCUGCCCCGGCCGCGCUGUCCAGACCGGCCUCAAGUGCAAUGUCCAUUGUACCAAGCCUGGCUACAACCAUCGCUGCCCCUAUGCCACCGGCAUGUCGGGUUACACUCUGCAGUGCUCCAAGUCCUGUAUGGAGGGCUUUGACGGGUGCUUCCAUCACCGCCGCUUCCCCGAAGCGGACUAUGUGGGUCGCUGCACCCACAUGACCAAGAAGUCCGACUUGAAGAUCCGCUGUUCGUGCAAGUCGCUUCAUGGUCGCAAUGUUUGUGAGUGGCACGACCGGUAUCCCACGCGCUCCUAUCUGGAGGUGAUGCAGGUGGAUCGCAAGCCCGCCGCAUUCGACGAGUCCGACUCGGACAACGAGCCCGGACCAUCGACUCCUCGUCGCACCCCUAUGAAGCGCACUACCCGCGCCCCCGAGGCCUUUUGGGAUGCCGAGGAUCACGACGAGCCUGCCUUUGUCUCCCCCGAGCAGAAGGCCGCCGAUGCCAAGAAGGCCGAGGAACUCGCCAGGAUCGUGAGUGCCCUCAUGUCUGUCUCGGACAGAGGCGAGGCCAUCGAUACGGAUGCCGUCAGCAAGGUGAGCCUCGGACCCGCAGCACCCAGUCCUGUCUUUCUCGCUCUCAAUCGCGUCAAUGUUCUCAACUGGCUUCUCUGCACCCCAAAGAUCAUUGCUGGCGUCAUGAGUGAACGCUCCCCCAGAGAGCGUCGCACCUUCACUCCCACACCCAAGGCCUCCAAGGGCACCAAGAUCAAGGCUGAGCGUGGUUGAAUGGGUGGAUGGAUGUAUUGUUUGCCUGCAGAGUCAUGAAUACAUUCGCGCUGCGCCACUCGUCGACAAUGGACAUGGG